AUGACUUGUUCAACAAGCCCCUCGUCCUCCCCGACAAACACUAAAUCGUCAAACACAAAAGUGACGACCAGAAACUCUAAAAGCACAGCCCAUAUAUUCGGUGCCCAGGCCAUCCAAGACACCCGCCGACGAGUAGCCGGCGACCUGAGACGUGAACGACUGAGUGAAGCGGCCUCAAAUUUAAGAACCGGCGGUGAAUCGGAAGCAUUUCAUCUGCAUCGUCGCAAAAUGGUAGAGAAAACCGAGGAGCAGCGGUUCCAGGACCUCCAGGACGAGCAAAUAGCUCUGGCGGAAAAAUACUACGACGAAGAAGACUAUUUAUGCAAACUGUAUGAAGACUCCAUGCAAAUUGAAGACGUCGAAAUGGAGUCCCAGCCAGUGAGCCCACGCACAUCCCUCGACCCCCUGCAACUUUAA